AUGGAGGAAGCAAAUAUACCUCCAGAACUUACCAAUAUUUUUAAAUAUUGGUAUCAAAACCAAGUCAACAAUGUCCGAUGGGCAGGCGUUCUUUCGAAUUCGUAUGGGUUGGAGUGCGGGGUGAGGCAGGGUGGUUUAUGCUCGCCGACUCUCUUCAACCUUUACAUGAAUGAAUUGCUUUGUGAGCUCAGCAGCACCAGGGUUGGCUGCUACAUAGAUGGGGUUUGUUUAAAUAAUAUAAGUUACGCCGACGAUAUGGUGCUGUUGAGUGCAUCGGUCUGCGGUCUCAGGGUACUGAUGGCUAUUUGCGAGGCUUAUGUAGAAAGACAUGGACUUACCUACAAUACAAAAAAGAGUGUGGUGAUGGUCUUUGAGGCUGAGGGUAAGACACCGAAUAAAGUACCUCCUAUUUUGGUCAAUGGGGUAGUAUUGGAGAGAGUUUAUCAAUUCAAGUAUCUCGGGCAUAUUUUGACUCCUGGCCUCAAAGAUGAUGCUGACAUCGAAAGAGAACGGAGAGCAUUGUCAGUGAGAGCAAAUAUGCUGGCUCGCAGGUUUGCGCGGUGUACCAACGCCAUUAAAAUCACGUUGUUUAAAUCAUAUUGUAUGACGUUCUACACGUGCAGCCUGUGGGCUAAGUAUUCUCAAAAAUCGUAUAACGCGCUCCGUAUACAGUAUAAUAAUGCCUUUAGGGUGCUGUUGAAGUUGCCCCGCUUUUGUAGUGCAUCGGGGAUGUUUGCGGAUGCACAAGUUGACUGCUUCUUCGCCACAAUGCGCAAAAGAUGUGGCGCCCUGGUGCACAGGUUGCGGGGUAGCUCCAACAGCAUCCUAAAGAUGAUCGCCAGCAGGUUGGACUGCAGAUAUGUGAAUCACUGCUGUGCUAUUUCAAAUGGACUAGAACGGCGGUGA